CGAGCGAACUCUCCGUAAAAUAACUGCUUACCCUCGCAAAACACCGUGAAACAGCAGGCUCUCCCAGCAUUACCUGCGCCUGAGCCCAGGAGACUACCUGACACAAGAGAAAGGGGCUUUAAUUGUACUUUAAAAAGGAAAGUGUGGGAUGUGAUGUGCCCGGUGUAUUGUAGUAACCGGAGUCGGGCUGAUCAUGGAAAACAGGCAGCGAUAAGCAAAUCUUAUCGCUUGUUCUCAAGUUAGACAGAAAACAACUCGAGCGGCGGAGAUAAAUUCCCACCCUUGUAAGGUUCACUUUCAUCCGCUCAUUUAUGGACAACGCGCGUAGCCUGCAGUCUGACUUGAGCAUACGGCGGGACUGGAUAACGCUGUGACGAGCAGAAGGCUGUUCACGUGCAUUGUCGGAAAACUUUUCAGUUGACGUUUAUUAAGAGCCGCCUAUGCGUCUCCGGCGUGCGUGAGCGCUCGUUUGAUUAUUUUUGCUUACACUGUCUCGCGCAGCGCAGCUCUUUGGUGUCUAUCUCACUCGAACUUUUCCAAGGAUUUCGUCAAUGAACUUGUUGCGGUGAGUCCCCUUUAAACCCUCACGGCCUGUGUUGUACGCUGUUUGAAGACUAUGGAUGUUCCGGGGGAGGCUUGCGAGUCCCCAGACGCAGUUUUUCACAGAACUUACCAGAGUGUUUUCCAAAACGUGUGCGUCGCGAGAGCGAGCAACACCGAGAGUUUGGACUUUUCUAGCUCCGAGAAGCGCGGCUGUCUACAGGAGACGGAAAAACGUUCAAGCAAGCUGUCCCCCAGCAAGGGAAUAAUAUGCUGCCCCGAGAAAGAGUGCGAGAGUGCGAGUUCAGUGAUGCGGAGUUCAAUAGGAAGUAAAAGCGACACGUCCCUGUCAUGUUCGGGCCGCGCAGACGCCACCGAAAGCAGCGGCAGUCGCGCAGGUUUCCUUCGGGUCGCAGAGAUCGGACAGAAGGGCUGCGCUACGGCUGAAGUUCACUCGCGCCGUGACGCAAGAGUGGCGAGUAGUAGUCGUGCGUGCAACACCACCACCACCAACAACAGCAGCAGUAGCAUCUCGGAGACAGCUCGAGAGCUGUGCAAAGCUGUGUCCGUAUCUUUGGGCUUAGCUAUGGAGUCCAGCGAACUUGGCGAUGUGGAACCGCACCUAGUGCCGCCGCCCCUGACCACUAAAAGUAGUAGUGAGAGAAUCUAUUUGUUUGGAAUGCCUUUGCUCAACUGCUCAGUGAGCGAACGGGAGGCAGGAGGGAAAGAAAGAGAGUACGCUCUCGCGCCGGGACGAGACAGAGGCGCAGAGCUGCGGGGCAGGGACAGACUGCUCGAGAUGUUUAAAAGUGGCGACCUGGAGCAGCUGGCAGGUGAGGUGACGACCUUGCAGUGCAGCAGCGCGUCUCGAUCACACCUAACCGCGGAUGCGCAGGGUGUGCACGAGUUCGCCAGCGUGUCCGGGGACAUUGCCAACUUGAGUUCAGAAGGUACGACAGGACCGGACAUGGACGAAACGCGAGCGGCUUCGUGCCAGUUCGAACAAUUGUUGCCCGUGAGCAUGGCCCAUUUCGUGCAACCGGAGCUCGAAAACGAACCGAGCCAGAGCUUCGCAAAGCCCGCAGAGAUGUCCGGUGAGUUUGCGGGCCCUGUGGAGGAUUACGUUAAUCUGUAUAACGUCAAAAUCAAGGCGGAGAUGAUGCCCCGUGAAUUAAAUGACACUUGGGCGUAUCCGCAUAGGUACGGUGAGGACUGUAACGGCCAGUACGGGUCUCCCAAACAAAGGACCCCAUACGCAUCUGGCCAUGAUACCCCUUUUAUCUGUAACCCCUACGAGUACGGCCGAAACGAGGCUCUGGUUCCGCGGGAGCGACCUCCGCCCGAACAGUGGUACCCCGGCGGGAUGUUGACCCGUCCCCCUUACCCUAACAUGCCCUGCUUGAAAAACGAGAUGGGCAACUGGCUGGAUGUAACAUCAUUAACGGAUGGCAGGUUUGAUGGAGGGAGGAGUGACAUUUUCCCAAUGGAGUUUUUCCUUCCUCCACAAAGGACGUGCCUAAUCUGCUCUGAUGAAGCAUCUGGAUGUCACUAUGGAGCCCUCACUUGUGGAAGCUGCAAAGUGUUCUUUAAGAGAGCUGCUGAGGGGAAGCAGAAGUAUCUCUGCGCUAGCAGGAAUGACUGCACCAUAGAUAAACUGAGGAGGAAGAACUGCCCAUCCUGCCGUCUGAGGAAGUGUUUCGAGGCUGGGAUGACCCUGGGAGCCCGCAAGCUGAGGAAGAUCGGACAGAUGAAAGGUCCAGAAGAGGUUGGCCCUGUUCAGGGCCCAUCAGAGACAGUCCAGUGCCUGUCGCCCAAGCCCAGCCUGACGUUCCAUUCACAGUUGAUCUUCCUGAAUAUCCUGGAGGCCAUUGAGCCCGAGGUGGUGAACGCCGGCCAUGAUCAUGCUCAGCCUGACUCGGCAGUUGCUCUCCUCACCAGCCUUAAUGAGUUGGGAGAGAGGCAACUUGUCAAGGUAGUGAAAUGGGCCAAAGGACUUCCAGGUUUCCGUAACCUGCAUGUAGAUGAUCAGAUGACAGUCAUUCAACACACCUGGAUGGGAGUGAUGGUCUUUGCACUGGGUUGGAGGUCCUACAAGAAUGCCAACGCACGAAUGCUGUACUUUGCACCAGACCUGGUCUUCAAUGAUCAUAGGAUGCAUAUCUCCAGUAUGUACGAGCACUGUGUUCAGAUGAAGCACCUCUCGCAGGAGUUUGUGCUGCUGCAGGUCACACAGGAAGAGUUCCUGUGCAUGAAGGCCCUCCUCCUUUUCAGCAUCAUUCCAGUGGAGGGGCUGAAGAGUCAGAAGUAUUUUGAUGAUCUGCGUCUGACAUACAUAACUGAGCUUGAUCGUUUAAUCAACUAUGGCAGGAAGACCAACUGCGCCAUGCGCUUCCAGCAGCUGACCCGACUGAUGGACUCACUGCAACCAAUUGUUCAGAAGUUGCACCAGUUCACCUUUGACCUCUUUGUCCAAGCUCGGUCUCUGCCCACGAAGGUCAGCUUUCCCGAAAUGAUUGCAGAAAUCAUCUCGGUCCAGGUGCCAAAAAUCCUCGCCGGCCUGUCUAAACCAAUCCUGUUUCACAAAUGACAAGACUACAACCCUGAACAACGGAUCCAUACCAACCCUACCCAGGCCAUAUGAGCCAGUCAGUUUGGCCUAAUCCAGUUUGAUCCAGCCUAAACCAGCCUGCAAUGCUUUUAAUCUGGACUUGAAUCGAUCUACGGGACUGAAUGAUACAGAUUUUUUCCCCCUUUUUUAUUUUGAAUUUCUUCCCUUCUAUACCUCCCUCCCUUUAUAUAUCAGUGUCAUCUCUCUCUCUCUCUCUCUCUCUCUCUCUUUGAAAAAUGGCCCUGAAAAGUAGUGGGACCAUUACAUCGUUACAGUUGUCUAUCUUCUCCACAGAGAUCAUUUGAGCUCAUUUUCUCAAACUGACAGCAUGGUAUGAAGCAGGUUUUGUUCUUUCUUCCUACCAGCAGUUAUCCUUAAAGAGUUACAAUAUGUUAGCCUUGUGGACAGGUUGGAAAAAAACAUGACACUGAAUUUUCAUCUGAGCCCUUAAUCAAAAAAAAAAAAAAGGACACUGCACAGAUCUCUAUCAGAGUCUGUGACCUGGCUCUAAUCUCUAUGCAUCGCAGGAUAAAAAUGUUUCACUUAAUGUCCAUUGACUUGAGAGAUCAGGACAAAGCCAAGCAGCAUGCAUAGUGAAUACAUAAGAAUGUGACAAAAAACCAUGACAGUUUCUUCGCUUCGCUUUUUUAUUCUUUUUAGUUAGAACAACACACUACUAAAUACAGUACUGUAUUACAACAGUAUGGAUUUCAGUACAGCAGGCUGGCUAUCAGUCUCCUCCCUCCUUUAUUAGUUUAUUGAUUGUAAAACAAGUGCUUCAUUCAUUUCUUAUGAAAUGUAGAGGCUCUUUGUAAAAGCUUUUUAAAAGGCAUUUAUCAUUCAUUUGGGGUCAGACAAUUUGUGACUUUAAUUAGAAAAUCGGUCACAGUUGGGGUUUGCCUCUAAGACUGAAACAACAGCACAAUUUUAUACAAACAAACAAACAAACAAAAAAAUACAUAUCGCAGUCAUAAACUUGCCUCCUCCAGACAGCAGACUUUUGUUAAGACGGGGCUCAGUGCCCUCUUGUGCAACCUGGAUAUUUAAGAGCAGGUUUUAGGGGAUUUUGAGGACAGUUUGUACAUAGAACAUAAAUACAGCCACGCUUGGGUAAACACAGGUGAUCUUCAAAUAUAAGGACAUAUAUAUAUAUAAAUCUAUGCAUGCUGUCUUCAUAUCCAUCAACAAAACAACAAACAAAUUAUUGCAUGCUAAAGCCCUAGAUAUUCAAACAAACCAAACUGCAUUUCCAGUAAGCUAAAUUGAUAUUGUUAGGAAACGGUAUUGUUUCCCAUAAGGCUCUUAUGAAGUUACUCUCUCUUUCUCUUUCACUAUCCUUAAUGGAAGUUUUGGCAAGGUAAUAUUAUUGUAUACAGGGGUGAACUGACCAUCUGGAUGUUCUGGAGAAGUCCUGGCUGGACUUCUUCAUCCUUCAUCCUCAAAGAAAAAGUGUCAGAUUAAGUGACGUUGACGGCUGACAAAAGGAGGCACUAAUGCAAUCUAUUUUUGCUUAUAAAAAAAGUGACAGUGGGCUCGUGAUGGCAAGCAAAAGGCGUGAAGAUAAAGGCAGUUGGGAGAAGCUUAAAGGGAAGAAAA